AGCAAGAUGGCGGACGAAACGCGACUUGAGUUGGAAAAGCGGUUAGCAGGCCAUUCGGCUUAUUUCAACUCCUUGAUUGAGUUGAUACCAGUAAAAUAUUACAUACCUAUUGAUGACGAAGAGAAAGCAAACAAGUUUUAUAAAAAUCGUUCGAAGAAAGCGCCAAAACAGACUAUUAAAGAAGCAUCGAGGAAAGCCAAACGUGCUCGACUAGAUCCAAACCAGCAUAAAACAAUCCAAGAAAUUCAAAAAGAGACAGAGGGAAAUGCGUCCACCGGAAAUCAGAUUGAUCCGAGUAACGAAGAAAGAAUUGAGAGGCCCAGCUUUAGCGUCGAAAAGGUGGAAAGCGAAAGUCUCGAUGAUCUAAGAUCUCGCCUUCAUGCAAGAAUAGAAGGAUUGCAGAGGAAACGUAACGCAGGAAGUGGGAGGCCAGUUGACAUACAACAACCACGUGUGAAGAAAUCGAAGAAAGAGGUGAAAGAGAAAAAUAAGCAGAAAACAGCUACUUCCUCUAAGGAAUCGAAAGGAAGUAAACACCACGAUUCUUUACCUACCCAGAAAAUAUUGAACGAAAGUGGAGACGUUGUUUUUAGUAAAUUUGAUUUCUUGGAAGCUAAGAAAAAACCACGACCUGGGUUGAAAAAGAAAAAUUACGAAAAAUUGCUCGCAAAAGCUGAAGCUCGAAAGAAAAAGCUGGAAUCUUUAAAAAAAGAGGAUUUGCAUAAAGCUAAAGAAUUGAUGGAUAAACUUUCCUGGAGUCAGGCGAUUGAAAAAGCUGAGGGAAUAAAACAAUAUGAUGACCCUAAACUUAUAAAGAAGGCAAUGAAGAAAAAAGAGAAGGCAAAAACAAAAAGUAAACAGCAAUGGGAAGAACGGAUUGGUCAUCAAAAGAAACUGGCUGAGGAGAAACAAAAACUAAGACAAAAAAACAUUAAAGAAAGGAUUGAAGCCAAAAAAGGAAAAAAAUCUGGCAAAGGAAAGAAAAAGCACAGACCGGGAUUUUAGUAGUUAUGAUAAGA